GUGGGCGUCGCCGAGAAGCCAAGGGCAGUGGCUUCAAGUGUGGCCGGAUCCAGGGCCUCGGUCUUCGUUAUUGGGGCCCGGCCUCUACUCCCGCUCCCAGCUUACACUUGCCCGCAUCAGAUGCUGUCUGCCCUCUGCUUCAGGCCUGCACCGUGGCUGCUUGAGUCCAGCAGAAAGAAAGCUUUUCCCAGUGACUCAAGUGCCUGUUUGGGGACUGGCCUGGCAUCAGUCCCAUGCACCCCGAAUCCGGCUCUGCGGCUGGCGGUGCAAAGCCCGGGUUUCCGGCCUGAGCCACAUGCCCAAGGUGGAUGAUGGGAGUGAGGGAGGGGAAGUGACCCAGAGGAACAUCAGAGAAGAAGGGAACCCGCUGCUUCAGACUGGCGGUUGCCGUGGGAAAGGUGACAGCCCGAACAUGCCUUGUCUUCUGCCCCCCACCACGUUCUCUCCUUGUGUCCCCUGCACACACUUCCUUAUUCCAGGGGAACUUCCCUCUCCCAGCGGUCACUCUGGGGCGAUUCCCAUGUGGCCCUGGCUACUAUAGGACAGUGUCCUUCCCUCACUUCUAGCCCAGCUGAAUCACGAGCUUCAUUUCUGCCAGCACCACAUCCCAGAGACCCGCGUGGCUUCCCCGAACUCCUGUGAGCUUCUGGAAGCUACACCCCCAGCGUCUCCUCCUUAUGGCUCCUUGAAGCCCCCGGGUUGGAGGGGGAGUGGGAGGGGCCAGGUGGCCUCCAGGCCGGGAGGCAUGGUCCUCCCUCUGCUGGGGUCCUGGCCCCUGUGCAGUCUGGGAGAUAGCACUGCUCCAGCAGGCGUGACAAGGACCCAGGGACAGGGCCUGCUCUCCUCUCAGCACCCUGGACGGGCUGACCACUCCGCCCUCAUCCCCAGGGGGCUGCGCCACAGCGGGUGGGGACUGAAGCACAGAGGAAAGUUCGGGGUGUUUGGGCUGGACGGUGGCAGAGAAGAAGGUCCUGGGGUGGAGAGAGAGGAACCUCCUCCAGGUGUGAGCUCUGCUUCUCCGAUGGCAGCAGAAACUGUCAGUAGCCAGCAAGGUCACCCCAGGGUGGACCGUCCCCAGACCUGCCUACCUUCCUGCUGCCUGGUUUUCCUCUGGGGACUCGGCCUCCGUGUGUUUUAGCCACUCUGCCUCCAGUUCUGCCUCCGCUCUCAGCUGAGACCCUCCCGGGCACGGCCCCCGGCCUAUCACUGCUGGGGUACAAAGGCGAGCCCUGUGGCUCUGGGUGCACAGCUGGAGGGCCACCCGGCCUCAGAGCUCCCUGGGGCUCCUGGGAGAGCACCGGACUCGGACUCGGGCGGCCUGGAGCCGCUGGCCCGUCUUCCCGAGCUGGCUGUCCAGGGCUCCUGAGGCCUCGCCUGCCAGCGCGGGGCCGGCUGCCUCUCACACCCAGGAAUACCCUUGAGGGCAACAACCACUGCCUGCUCCCUCCAUGCUGUGCCUGGUGGGGGACUCCACGCUGGGCCUGCUGGCGAUCGUGUUCUGACCACGCGGGGCCGGGGAUGACUGGGACUUGCCCCAGCUUCUGCCCUAGCUUCCCUUCUCUCUACCCACCCCGACCCCAACCUCCAAACCCUUUGGUUAUCCGGUUAUCCGCAGCUAUGUAACAAUGGCUCCAAACCUAGCAGCUGACGGCGGGAGACAUUACCUCUUCACGGUGCCUGAGGGGCGGGAAUCUGGGAGCCGUGGGGCUGCUGGCCUGGUCUGGGGCCUCUCGUGGGGUCAGGCUGUGGGCCCGGGGCCAGGGGCUGGGGACCAGGGCUGCCAUCUCUGGAGACCUGAGUGGGGUCCGGGCUCGUUCACGCGGCUUGUGAGAGAAGAGUAGCCUGCAUGUGUUCAUUUAACACAGUGUCCUGAGAGGUUGUUUGGGCCUCGAGGUCCUUCCCAGCUCUGUCCCCAUAUCUGUUGCUUGGAAACGCGCUGCCUGCUAUGGCUGUCGGGAAGGCACGUGGUGCAGGGCAUUGGCCCCUGCGCCGAUUUGUUCCCUCGUCACCAUCACAUCUCAACCGUCCUUUCUGAGAGGUCAUUCCCAGAAGGCAGAUGAUCUGUCAACCUCAGGCAUGAAGGCAUGAAGGCAUGAAGGGACGAUGGUGUCCCCAGCAUGAAGCCCACUUCUCUUGGUGCUCUGUCCGGACCAGGGCUCUGCAAGCCACAGCCACUGCCUGUUUUUGUAAAUAAAGUUUUAUUGGCACACGGCCACGCCCAUCCAUGUACCUGUGGCUGAUGGCUGCUUCCUGGCUGCAGGGGGCUGAGUAGUUAAAACGGAGCCCCUGAGCCUGCGGAUCCUGAAGCAUUACCAGUGGCCCUUAGAGAAGCCGUUGCAGCCCCGCCCUAGACUCUGGCCGUGUUGUCGCCCCACCCCCUGGACCCACCCCAGCAGCCAGCUUCUCUGCUCCCGUGGAUUAUUCACGGCCGGCCACAGCAUGCCCAUGCCACGUGGCCAGACUGCUCUCUUUUUCACUGACUGAGUUUUCUUUUCACUGCCAGAACUUUUUACCUUGGCCGUGUUGUCCACGCCGUGAAAACGUCCUCCGCGUUUCCUUUAGCUGGAUGUGAGCCAAGUCGCAAUCAAAGUCAGGACUGCUGCGUUCCUGCUUUAUGGCCAAACGCCUCUUUAUUUUUAUGGGAUGGAUGUUUCAUAAUUGCUCUUGCAACGGCGUCCUGGCGGACGGAACGUGGCCUUCUUGUGAAAUGUGUGGUUUUUUCUGGAAGGGAAGGAGCCACAGGGGCGACAUGAGCGCUGAUGUUUGGUCAGCAGCCUGUUUCACGUACUGCUUCCCCUUCACCGACGUUCCCACAGAGGCCCUGGGAUACUCGGAAGCCAAAGUCAGACCGCCCAUGCCUGCCCCCCCAGAGCUCUGCGUGAUUGCUGUCUCUUGAAAUAUUAACUGAUCCUCCGCCGUGUGCUUUCAGUCAGUGGAAUGGCUCUCAGGCCAGAAGGCCCCCCAGGGAAGGAGCGCUAGCCCAGAGUCUGGGCACGGCUGCUAAAAACCAGCUGCAGACGCCGUGGGUCUCUGCUUGCUUUGCCUGUUAACUAAGGUCUAAGACCCCUCCCGGGGGCGGUGGCAAGCCAGCUCCUGCAGCGGGUGCCGGCCGCCGAAGGCCUGGGCUGCCAGACUCUGACAACGCAGCAGUGACAGGGGGGCGCCUCCUGCAGGUGAGAGCCUCCAAUCAGCCGUCACACCCCCGCUGCUGUCCACCCUUUACCUCCACGGUGCUGACCGCUUCGGAGGAGGGCUCCAACCACCCUUGUGCCCAUCAAAGUGCCUUGAGAAAUCCAUCAAGCACUGCCCUACGUAAGGGGCUCUGAUGGGUUCUGAUGGACCACAGGGGUCCUGUGGGCCCAUGGCACUGUGGCUCACCCCUCUGUGGAGAGGCAGGGGCAGAUAAAGGCCAGGUGCCUUCCAGUGGAGGGUGUCAUGGGCAGGAAUCUGAACACUAGGUCAGCACGCCCAGGGGAGGAAAUGAGGGCGUGGUCAGGCGGCCAGGAGUCAGCUGGCAGAGGUGCAGGGCCCGGGAGUGGCAUUGUGCCACUGUGGGGGGCAUUGUGCACUGGCGUCUGGGAAGGAGAAGGCAGUGGUCUUUGUGAGCCCUCCAUGGUGUGUUUCCAGAACCUUCAGCCUCACGAGCUGGAGUAAAGGCUGUCCUGAGGGAGGGAGAAGACCGUGGCAGCUGGAGUGGAGGCAGCCCUCACGAUGGAGCCCCCCACCCUGAGGAAAGCCGGCUCCAAGCAGGAGGAGGCCUUUGGGGUGCAGCCCCGGAGGGUCGCUGACCUGGGCACGGUCCCCAGUCUCCGGCGCAGCAACAGCAGCCUGCGCAAGGUCAGGAGGUCCCAGAACCUCUUUGGCAACAGUGAGAAGCAAGAAAGUCUCAGUUCGUGGAUCCCCGAAAAUAUCAAGAAGAAGGAAUGCAUGUACUUUGUGGAGAGCUCCAAACUGUCUGACGCUGGGAAGGUGGUGUGCGAGUGCGGCUACACACGCCAGCAGCACUUGGAGGAGGCUACCAGGCCCCACACUUGGCAGGGCAAGGAUUGGGACCCAAAAAAGCAUGUCCAGGAGAUGCCAACGGACGCCUUUGGUGACAUUGUUUUCACGGGCCUGGGCCAGAAGGUGGGGAAGUACGUUCGCCUCUCCCAGGACACACCCCCCAGCGUGAUCUACCACCUGAUGACCCAGUAUUGGGGCCUGGACGUCCCCAACCUCCUCAUCUCGGUGACAGGCGGGGCCAAGGACUUCAACAUGAAGCCCAGGCUGAAGAGCGUCUUCCGAAGAGGCCUGGUCAAGGUGGCCCAGACCACAGGGGCCUGGAUCAUCACCGGCGGCUCCCACACGGGUGUGAUGAAACAGGUGGGCGAGGCGGUGCGUGACUUCACGCUGAGCAGCAGCCACAACGAAGGAGAAGUCGUCACCGUCGGAGUGGCCACGUGGGGCACCGUGCACAACCGUGAAGACCUGAUCCACCCCUCGGGCGGCUUUCCUGCCGAGUACGUCAUGGACGAGGAAGGCCAAGGGCACCUGACCUGCCUGGACAGUAACCACUCCCACUUCAUCCUUGUGGACGACGGGACCCACGGCCGCUACGGGGUCGAGAUUCCCCUGAGGACGAGGCUGGAGAAGUUCAUAUCAGAGCAGACAAAGGAAAGAGGAGGAGUGGCCAUCAAGAUCCCCAUAGUCUGUGUGGUGCUGGAGGGGGGACCCGGCACACUGCACACCAUCUAUAACGCCAUCACCAACGGCACCCCCUGCGUGGUGGUGGAGGGCUCGGGCCGUGUGGCCGACGUCAUCGCCCAGGUGGCCGGCCUGCCCAUAUCUGAGGUCACCAUCUCCCGGAUCCAGCAGAAGCUGAGUGUGUUCUUCCAGGAGGUGUUUGAGACCCUCACUGAGAGCAGGAUUGCGGAAUGGACCAAGAAGAUCCAAGACAUUGUGCGGAGGCGGCAGCUGCUGACCAUCUUCCGGGAAGGCAAGGAUGGGCAGCAGGACGUGGACGUGGCCAUCCUGCAGGCCUUGCUGAAAGCCUCUCGGAGCCAUGACCACUUUGGCCACGAGAACUGGGACCACCAGCUGAAGUUAGCGGUGGCGUGGAACCGCGUGGACAUCGCCCGGAGCGAGAUCUUCACCGACGAGCGGCAGUGGAAGCCUUCAGAGCUGCACCCCAUGAUGACGGCCGCCCUCAUCUCCAACAAGCCCGAAUUCGUGAAGCUCUUCCUGGAGAACGGGGUGCGGCUGAAGGAGUUCGUCACGUGGGACACCCUGCUCUACCUGUACCAGAACCUGGACCCCUCCUGCCUGUUCCACAGCAAGCUUCAGAAGGUGCUGGCCGAGGAGCCGGAGCGGCCGGUCUGCACGCCCCCCGCCCCCCGUGUGCAGAUGCACCACGUGGCUCAGGUGCUCCGGGAGCUGCUGGGGGACUUCACGCAGCCGCUGUACCCCCGGCCCCGGACCGGCGACCGGCCGCGGCUCCUGCUUCCCGUGCCGAACAUCAAGCUAAACGUGCAGGGAGUGAGUCUCCGGUCCCUCUACAAGCGUUCACCAGGCCACGUGGCCUUCACCAUGGACCCAGUCCGUGAUCUUCUCAUUUGGGCCAUCAUCCAGAACCGUCGGGAGCUGGCAGAAAUCAUCUGGGCACAGAGCCAGGACUGCAUUGCCGCGGCCUUGGCCUGCAGCAAGAUCCUGAAGGAGCUGUCUAAGGAGGAGGAGGACACGGACAGCUUGGAGGAGAUGCUGGCUCUCGCUGACGAGUAUGAACACAGAGCCAUCGGGGUGUUCACCGAGUGCCACCGGAAGGAUGAGGACCGAGCUCAGAAGCUGCUCACCCGCGUGUCGGAGGCCUGGGGCAAGACCACCUGCCUGCAGCUAGCCCUGGAGGCCAAGGACAUGAAGUUCGUGUCUCACGGAGGCGUCCAGGCCUUUCUAACCAAGGUGUGGUGGGGCCAGCUCUGCGUGGACAAUGGGCUCUGGCGGGUGAUCGUGUGUAUGCUGGCCUUCCCAUUGCUCUAUACCGGCCUCAUCUCCUUCAGGGAGAGGAGGCUGCAGGCCGGGCCGGGUCUGCCCCGGGUCCGAGCCUUCUUCAAUGCCCCCGUGGUCAUCUUCCACCUCAACAUCCUGUCCUACUUUGCCUUCCUCUGCCUGUUCGCCUACGUGCUCAUGGUGGACUUCCAGCCCACACCCUCGUGCUGCGAGUACCUCAUUUACUUCUGGCUCUUCUCCCUCGUGUGCGAGGAGCUGCGGCAGCUAUUCUAUGACCCUGAUGAGUUCGGGCUGAUGAAGAUGGCCCUCCUGUACUUCAGUGACUUCUGGAAUAAACUGGAUAUCGGUGCCAUCUUGCUGUUCAUAGCAGGACUGACCUGCAGGCUCAUACCAGCGUUGCUGUACCCCGGGCGCAUCAUCCUCUCUCUGGACUUCAUCAUGUUCUGCCUCCGGCUGAUGCACAUUUUCACCAUCAGUAAGACACUGGGGCCCAAGAUCAUCAUCGUGAAGCGGAUGAUGAAGGACGUCUUCUUCUUCCUCUUCCUGUUGGCGGUGUGGGUGGUGUCUUUCGGGGUGGCCAAGCAGGCCAUCCUCAUCCACAACGAGAGCCGGGUGGACUGGAUCUUCCGGGGGGUCGUCUACCAGUCGUACCUCACCAUCUUCGGCCAGAUGCCGGCCUAUAUCGACGGUGUGAACUUCAGCCUGGACCAGUGCAGCCCCAACGGCACAGAUCCCUACAAGCCCAAGUGCCCGGAGAGCGAUGCCGUCCGGCACGAGCCUGCCUUCCCCGAGUGGCUGACGGUCAUCCUGCUCUGCCUGUACCUGCUCUUCACCAACAUCCUGCUGCUGAACCUCCUCAUCGCCAUGUUCAACUACACAUUCCAGCAGGUCCAGGAGCACACGGACCAGAUCUGGAAGUUCCAGCGUCACGACCUGAUAGAGGAGUACCAGGGCAGGCCCCCCGCGCCUCCCCCCUUCAUCCUCCUCAGCCACCUGCAUCUCUUCAUCAAGAGGGUGGUCCUGAAGAUCCCCGCCAGGCGGCGCAAGCAGCUCAAGAGCAAGCUGGAGAAGAACGAGGAGGCCGCCCUUCUGUCCUGGGAGAUCUACCUGAAAGAGAGCUACCUGCAGAACCAGCAGUACCAGCAGAAGCAGAGGCCGGAGCAGAAGAUUCAAGACAUUGGCAAUAAGGUCAGCACCAUGGUGGACUUGCUGGAAAUGGAAAGUCUGAAGCGCUCAGGCUCCAUGGAGCAGAGACUGGCCUCCCUGGAGGAGCAGGAGUUUCUUUUCUCUGGGAGGAGCAAGAGCCAUGGGGAGCCUCGGUGGGCGGUCACGCUCCACCUUCCUGCGGCUCAGGUGGCCCAGACGUCCAGAGCGCUGCACUGGGUCAUGAAGGCCCUGAGGGACGGUGGCUUCGGCUCAGAGGAGGGCAUCCCCGCCCCGGCACCCCAGAAGGCCUCAGAGGGGCAGGACCUCGAGCCGGACGGCAGACAGGAGGAGGAGGACGUGGGCGACACCCACCACGUGAACGCCCGGCACCUCCUGUACCCCAACUCCCACGUCACCCGUUUCCCCGUGCCCAACGAGAAGGUGCCCUGGGAGACGGCGUUUCUCAUCUACGACCCGCCCUUUUACACAGACGACAGGAAGGACAGGGGCUUGGUGGACCCCGUGGGAAACGCCCUGGAGCCUCUGUCCGGGAUCAGCUACAACGCCGUGGACGGACCCAUAGACCGGCGGAGCUUCCACGGGGUCUACGUGGUUCAGGACGGGCUCCCUCUGAACCCCAUGGGCCGCACAGGACUGCGUGGACGUGGAAGCCUCGGUUGCUUUGGACCCAACCACACGCUGCAGCCUGUGAUCACCCGGUGGAGGCGGAACCAGGAUGGAGCCAUCUGCAGGAAAAGCAUAAAGAAAAUGCUCGAAGUGCUGGUCGUAAAGCACUCCCUCUCGGAACACUGGGCCUUGCCAGGGGGCUCCCGGGAACCAGGAGAGAUACUGCCCCGGAAGCUGAAGCAGGUCCUCCGUAGAGAGUUCUGGUCUUCCUUCCAGAACUUGCUGACGCAGGGCACAGAGGUAUACAGAGGGUACGUGGACGACCCAAGGAACACGGACAACGCCUGGAUUGAGACCGUGGCCAUCAGCAUCCACUUCUCAGACCAGAGCGACAUGGACCUGAAGAGGCUGAACUCUCACCUGCAUGCCUGUGACCCCGGGAUGUCCGUCCGAUGGCAGGUCGUGGACAGGCGCAUCCCGCUGUAUGCCAACCACAAGACCAUCCUCCAGAAGGUGGCCACUUUGUAUGGGGCUUUCUACUGACCCGUGGACUCUGGCCGGGUCCCGAUGCCGGGGGCGGGUGAGGCUGGUCUACCCACAGCCCCCUUGGAAGCUCGGCUGCCAGGGACUCAGGCCGAGGCCGGACACCCAAGGCACGGGCCGCCCUGGGCCUCGGAUGGGCAAGGGGCUGCUGCUGGGACACCUCGCGGUGUGGUCUGGAAAUCUGCUGCUUCUCACAGCCACCUCGAGUCACUGAGCAGACGAGCCUGUGAAUUGGAGGGCGUCA